CAGUGCUUGUGAAACUGAACACAGAAGUAUGGAUAUGGGAAACCAACACCCUUCUAUUAGUAGGCUUCAGGAGAUCCAAAGAGAAGUCAAGAGUAUAGAGCCUCAAGUGGUUGGCUUCAGCGGCCUGGCGGAUGACAAGAAUUACAAGAGACUGGAGAGGAUUCUGACGAAACAACUUUUUGAAAUAGACUCUGUAGACACAGAAGGAAAAGGAGACAUUCAGCAAGCUAGGAAGAGGGCAGCGCAGGAGACAGAAGGCCUUCUCAAAGAGUUGGAGCAGAAUGCAAACCACCCACACCGGAUUGAAAUCCAGAACAUCUUUAAGGAGGCACAGGCCCUUGUGAAAGAAAAGAUCGUGCCCUUUUACAGUGGAGGCAACUGUGUGACUGACGAAUUUGAGGAAGGCAUCCAGGACAUCAUUCUGAGGCUGACGCAUGUUAAAACAGGAGGGAAGAUCUCUUUGCGGAAAGCAAGGUACCACACCCUAACCAAGAUCUGUGCCGUGCAAGAGAUCAUUGAAGACUGCAUGAAGAAGCAGCCUUCCCUGCCGCUCUCUGAGGAUGUGCACCCUUCAGUUGCCAAGAUCAAUUUGGUGAUGUGUGAGGUGAACAAGGCCAGGGGCACUUUGAUCGCACUUCUGAUGGGCGUGGACAGUACUGAGACUUGCAGGCACCUAUCGUGCGUGCUGUCAGGGUUGAUGGCUGAUCUAGAUGCUUUAGACGUGUGUGGGCGUACGGAGAUCAGAAAUUACCGGAGGGAGGUGGUGGAGGACAUCAACAAACUACUGAAAUACCUAGAUUUAGAAGAGGAAGCUGACAGUACACAUGCAUUUGACCUGGGGCAGAACCAUUCCAUUCUGAAAAUAGAAAAGGUGCUCAAGAGGAUGCGAGAGAUAAAAAAUGAACUUCUCCAGGCUCAGAGCCCUCCCGAACUGUACCUGAGCUCCAAGACAGAACUUCAGGGCUUGAUCGGACAGCUAGAUGAAGUCAGUGUUGAGAAGAACCCCUGCAUCCGGGAAGCCAGGAGAAGAGCCGUGAUUGAAGUGCAGACCCUGAUCACGUACCUGGACCUCAAGGAGGCCCUGGAGAAGAGGAAGCUCUUCCCUAGUGAGGAGAACCCCCCACACAAGGCUGUGUGGGAUGUCCUUGGAAACCUGUCAGAGAUUCAGGGUGAAGUCCUCUCGUUUGGUGGAAACCGAACUGAUAAGAACUAUAUCCGUCUGGAGGAGCUGCUGACCAAACAGUUGCUGACCCUGGACGCUGUUGACCCCCAGGGAGAAGAGAAGUGUAAGUCUGCUAGGAAGCAGGCUGUGAAGCUGGCCCAGAACAUCCUCAGCUACCUUGAUCUGAAGUCCGACGAGUGGGAGUACUGAUGGACCAGGAGCUGCUCCUGCUGGUUCACACUUUAUCUGCUUUUAGAGAGCUUUCAGCUCAUGGAGCCUAAAUGUAAUUUCUAUGUGCAUAUUCAAUCUCAGUAUUUAUGAUUUAAUCAAAUUAUAUGCAGUAUUUCUGCUGCUUUUGAUGUUGCAAAACGAAUAUCAUUAUAGCACAUUAACUUUUCCAUUUGGCUCGUUAUGCUUACAAUGUGUGCUUUGUGUUGUCGACUUUGUGUGUUUCGAUGGGAAUACGAGAAGGGCAGCACUCCUAAUUUUUAAGUGGGUUAUGCAAGCAUUAAAUGCAGAAUUAAGAGUCUAACUCUAGCUAAACUAUGAGGAGGAGGAAACUCGGCCUGACUGGGAAUAAAGUCCAAGUAUAAAAACAA